CCCCCGGUCGGCCCCAGCCCUGGCCCGCGGCGCUCCCGGGCCUUCCCCGCCGCCACCGCGGAGCCCGAGCGCAGCGGCGCGGCAGCCAUGCGCCGCCUGCCGCGGGCCGUGCAGCUGCUGGUGCCGCAGCUCGCCCUGCUGGUAGUCGCCGGGGCCCCGGAGGCGCCGGUGAGCGCGCCGCGGAGCCUGGUGUGGGGGCCCGGGCUGCAGGCGGCCGUCGUGCUGCCCGUCCGCUAUUUCUACGUGCAGGCGGUCAACGCGGAGGGCCAGAACCUCACUCGCUCGCCCCCAGGUGAAACGUUAUUCAAAGUAGUAGUCAAAUCUCUUUCAUCUAAAGAGCUGGUCCGGAUUCAUGUCCCUAAACCUUUGGACAGGAAUGAUGGAACGUUUUUGAUGAGAUAUAGAAUGUAUGAAACUGUCAACAAAGGGCUGAAGAUAGAGGUCCUUUAUGGUGGUGAACAUGUGGCUCAAUCUCCCUAUAUUUUAAAAGGACCAGUGUACCACGAGUACUGUGAGUGUCCAGAAGAGGAGCCCCACAUUUGGCAGAAAACCCUUUCCUGUCCGACCAAGGAACCACAGAUUGCCAAAGAUUUUGCUUCCUUCCCCAGCAUCAAUCUUCAGCAGAUGCUAAAUGAAGUCCCCAAAAGGUUUGGGGAUGAGAGGGGCGCCAUUGUUCAUUACACUAUCCUCAAUAAUCGCAUUUACCGGAGAUCUUUAGGGAAAUACACAGACUUCAAAAUGUUCUCUGAUGAGAUUUUGCUGUCACUAGCAAGAAAGGUCCUUCUCCCAGACUUAGAAUUUUAUAUCAAUCUUGGAGACUGGCCCUUGGAGCAUCGAAGAGUGAAUGAAACCCCUGGCCCUAUACCAAUCAUUUCAUGGUGUGGCUCUCAGGAUUCAAGAGAUAUUAUCCUUCCAACAUACGACAUCACCCACUCCACACUUGAAGCAAUGAGGGGUGUGACAAAUGAUCUCCUCUCUAUUCAGGGAAAUACAGGCCCUUCCUGGAUCAAUAAAACAGAAAAAGCUUUCUUCAGAGGUAGAGAUAGCCGAGAGGAGAGGCUCCAGUUGGUACAGCUGUCCAAAGAGAAUCCGCAGCUACUAGAUGCAGGAAUUACAGGAUAUUUCUUUUUCCAAGAGAAAGAAAAGGAACUUGGAAAAGCCAAGUUGAUAGGUUUCUUUGAUUUUUUUAAGUACAAGUAUCAGGUGAAUGUGGAUGGGACUGUGGCUGCGUACAGGUAUCCAUAUCUCAUGCUGGGAGACAGCCUGGUUCUGAAGCAGGACUCACCGUAUUAUGAACAUUUCUACGUGGCACUGAAGCCUUGGAAGCAUUAUGUUCCCAUUAAAAGAAAUCUUAGUGAUCUACUAGAGAAGGUUAAAUGGGCCAAGGAAAAUGAUGAAGAAGCCAAGAAGAUUGCAAAAGAAGGGCAGUUGAUGGCCAGAGAGCUGCUGCAGCCACACCGGCUGUACUGCUACUACUACAGAGUCCUCCAGAAAUACGCCGAGCGCCAGUCCAGCAAACCCGAAGUCCGUGAGGGAAUGGAACUCGUGCCUCAGCCGGCCGAUGACACUUCCGUCUGCCGGUGCCACAGGAAGAAGCCUUUGAAAGAAGAGCUCUAAGUCGGCCCACACUCGCCGUCCUGUGUACGUCAGCUCGUCCUGCAGGGAAGCCGACUGUGAAGGACACUGUGGGAACCUCACCAGCGGACUCCUAGCGCUCUAGGUAGCUUUAUGUAACGUGGCUGCAGAGAGCAGUAUUUGAGCAACUGUUACCAGAUAUCUUUGAAUAAUAUUUUCUUGUGGGUAAACAUUA